AACAAAGUCUGUUAUUCAAACACUUCUCAAAAAUCUUCCCAAAUACAUUGAUAACUGAAAUAGGUCUAUAAUUGAACAUAUUGUCUUUACUUCCAGAUUUAAAUAUUGGUGUAACUAUGCUUUCUUUAAAUUGGCGAGGAAUUACUGAGGAUUUGAAACAGAGGUUGAUAAUAUUACAAACUAUUUGUUGUAACUCUAUGUUAUCAACUGGAGUUAGAAACAUAGAGUGAGCAAUGUUGACGACAUGAGGAUCUGAUGUAUCAAGAAUUGAGUUUUGAUCAAUCUGACUUGUUAUUUGCUCACCUAUAUCAACAAAAUAUUUAUUAAAAACACAGGCUAUAUCAGUGGGAGCGUCCAGCUGCUGAUUAUUGUGAUUAAUUGAUUUUACGCCAUUUUUUUUUAUUUUGCCAGCA